AUGAAUUUCUCUCAGUGUUUAGUGUGAGUCACCAUGAGCAUGAAAAUCUACUUCAAUACUGCAAAAGGUAAUAAAACUAUGUCAGCUUAUCAUGUCAGGAACUGCUGUUCAACCAAGAAACAUGUUUACUAGCUCAUAUUUUAUGUGUCAAAUGAAAUACAAGCAUCCUAUGUUUUACUGCAUUUGCAUCUCUUGGUAUCUCUUGUUUUCUCCAAAAAGGAUUGGACCACUCUGUUACAGAAAAUUACUUGAAGACCGUGAAGGCAGCAGCAGUCAGCAGCUCUCUGGGUAAGGGGGCGGGUCCUCCUCCUGUCUGCAUUAGUUAGAGCUGUUGCCACUUUUUCGGUUGUAUUCCUUUUUUUUUUGGUGAAAUGAUGUGAGGUUAAUCUGUUUCUAUUUUUGCAGGAAAAUGGACCAGAAAGGACCCGCUGGUGAGACUUAUAUGAUAUGUUUUAGAGAGGGAGUUGUGUUUCAUGUUUGAUGAUUUUGUUUGUGUACAUGUGAUCGAGAGCUUGAAGAUCACAGUUGUGCAGAUAUUUAGUCAAAUAUGACAACCUCGACAACAGAUUGCAGGUGCUUUAUUAGUUUGUUAACCAAAUUACACAGCAACUUAAUUGAAACUGCACUAUUACACGACACAAAAAAAUGUUUUUUUUCUGCCCUCAUUUUACUUUCAGUUCCUGUUUUACGAGUUAAUCUGUAUGUGUCAUUUAUCUCAAUAAGAGUCUGUUGAUGUUUAACUUAAUGGUCUUGGUGAUUACAGGGGUGCUUUUUGACAGCAGGAUCCAGGAUCUAAAUUAAAAUCAAGACCAAAAGACAUUUGGAGCUGAUGCAAAGACAUAAAAAAGUCAUAUUUCUUAUUUGUUUGUUUUAAUGGUAAAAUAUGUCAGAAAAUGUUGACAGUGUGGUAGUAUUGAGCUGCAUUUGAAAGACAUUCAAGUCAGUGAGCCCAAAGUCCAGUCAACAUGAUUAACAAUGAACUAAUUUACAUUCACUUUGUUUUAGCUGCACACACAUCCUCAAAGAUAAGAGCUCACCUGCAAGCUACUAUUAGGCACACUCCAUGUACUGAUCAGUUAUUUUGCAGGAUUAUUCUCUCUUGUCUUGCUCUCAACAUAACAAAACUUUACCUUUCUGUCCUCAGUGAAGCGGAAAAAGUUCUAUCUACACGUGUCAGGGAAACCAAGCGGAGCCCAUCUUCCCAUGGUUAACGAUUUGAAAAGAUGUGGCCAACGUGAGGUGUCCAUUCCUGAAGACAGCGACUACAUUCUGCUGUUCUGUGUGAUCUCAUCACGAGUUGGAACUGAUGUUGGCGAGGCUCUGGAAAACGCUCCACGUAGGUGACAGGUUUGGUUGAUGCUCAUGGGGCAAACAAGCUGAAUUCAAUUCAGGAGUGACCGUCAAGUUAUGUUAAUUUCACCAUCUAUUUACGCACCUGUAUCUUACCUUUGAACCAAAAAGUGAUUUGAAUCAGUUGAUAGAUUUUUGUAACCAGGAUGUUGAAUAUUUUGUGAUUUAAGAUUGUCCUGCAGCCCCCACGUGAUCAUAUGAGCUACAGAUCAGUAAGAAUCACUCAGCCCCCCGACUUAAAUUUCAUCCUGUACAGACUAAUUUCAGAUGUAAAAUCUCUGUGCUUACAGGUGGCAAAGAGGUGAUACUGGUGGUGAUGCAUCACACCUUUGAUCCUGAUUACAUCACAGUUGAAAGCAGGAGAUUGGUGGAAGACCCAAAUGUCGUACUGGUUGUUGACUGUUACUUCCAUGAGGGACGACUGCUGCAGUGUGACCGCAAUGACAUUGCAUUGUAUGACAUCAAGAAAUUCCUCGGAGUCAGUGAUACUGUCCAGGUAAUGCUGCCAUCACUGGCCUAACUAAACCAAACUAACAAGAACUAAUAUCAUGAAAUCUUGCAGUUUAAUAAAGUUACAUCUGUUUUUUUUUUUUUAUUCAAGUCUUUCUUACAGAUAUCCACCAUUAUUGCCUGUAAGUUUGAGUUCACUUGAUUAUUUCAUGUAAUAGUUUUAGCGAUAUGAAAACAUUAAUGUUUAUCUGAUUUGAAGGUUUUUUUUUGUUGUUCUAAAUGUUUUAAAAAAACUCUUAAUCGUCUUUUUCUUAAUUGUAGGGCUCUGGAAGAACAUGAAGUGGAUACUCAUCAUGUCUGUCUUACAGAUAUGCACCGUUAUUAACUGUAAGUUUGGGUUCACUCGUAUAUUUCAUUUCAUAGUUUUAGUGAUAUGAAAACAUUAAUGCUUAUCUGAUUUGAAUUUUUUUCCUUUUUUUUUUAGUACUGAAUGUUUUAAAAAAACUCUUAAUCCUCUUUUUCUCAAUUGUAGGGCUCUGGAACAAAAUGAAGAAGGUGCUCAUCUCUGCUUGUGUCAUUGCUGGAUUGCUGUUUCAGAAAUCUUUUAACUGGUUAAGAAACCUUUUAUGGUUUCAUAACAGAGGAAGAAAUGCAAGAGAGGCAGGGUGA